CCAACCCGGCAGGCUCCUCCCCAGAGGCCUGCAAAGCUGCAGGACGGGGCCAGCAGAGCUGCCCUGUCUGCCAGGCCUGGGUUGGGGUCUCAGGUCUGGGGAAUGUGUCUGGACCUGGGCUGGGGUCUGGUGUAGUUCUAGAACCUGGAUCAAGGCCUGGUGCUGCUACAGAACAUGGGCCAGGGACUGGAGCAAUGCCGGGCCCUGGGCAGGGGCCUAGUGAUGUUCUGGGACCCAGACAAGGGUCUGGAGCGGUGUCGGGCCCUGGGCAGGGGCCUAGUGAUGUUCUCGGACCCAGACAAGGGUCUGGAGCAAUGUCGGGCCCUGGGCAGGGGCCUAGUGAUGUUCUGGGACCCAGACAAGGGUCUGGAGCAGUGUCGGGUCCUGGGCAGCGGCCUACUGCUGUUUCAGGAGUUGGGUCAGUGCCUAAUUUAGGAGCUUCACCUUCCCCUGGCCAAGAGGUAGGGCCUGGACCCAGGCAGGGAUCAGGAGCUGGGCAAAGACCCAGUGAGCCAAUAACAAUCCCAACACCAGAUCAACAGCAGAAGACUCAGGCCACCCCUGGGCAGGCCUCGAGGCAGAAGGUUGUGGUCACCGGAGGAGCAGGCUACCUGGGCUUUAGCCUGGGUUCCAGCCUGGCCAAGAGCGGCACUUCUGUCAUCCUGCUCGACCUCCGCAGACCCCAGUGGGAGCUGUGCCCAGGGACCGAGUUCAUCCAGGCUGAUGUCCGCAGUGCAGAAGCCCUGUACCAUACCUUCAAAGGGGUGGACUGUGUUUUCCACGUGGCCUCCUACGGAAUGUCUGGUGCUGAGCAGCUGCAAAAAGAGCAGAUUGAGUCUAUAAACGUUGGAGGCACCAAACUAGUGAUCGAUGUUUGUGUCCGCCAGCGGGUUCCAAGGCUUGUCUACACCAGCACCGUCAAUGUCGCAUUCGGCGGGAAGCCUAUAGAACAAGGUGAUGAGGACUCUGUGCCAUAUUUCCCCCUGGAGAAGCACACAGACCACUACUCCCGAACCAAAGCCAUCGCUGACCAGUUGAUCCUCAUGGCCAAUGGGACGCCUCUCCCAGGAGGAGGCUCUCUGAGGACAUGCGUGCUCCGACCCCCAGGGAUCUACGGCCCCGAAGAGCAGAGGCACCUGCCCCGUGUGGCGAGCUACAUUAAGAAGAGGUUGUUCAUGUUCCGAUUUGGGGACCGACGGUCUCGGAUGAACUGGGUCCACAUUCGCAAUCUGGUGCAGGCACACGUGCUGGCCGCCGAAGCCCUCACCGCCGCCAAGGGCCACGUGGCCAGUGGGCAGGCGUACUACAUCAAUGACGGGGAGAGCGUCAACCUCUUCGAGUGGAUGGCUCCACUGUUUGAGAAGCUGGGGUACAGCCAGCCCUGGAUCCAGGUUCCUACUUCCUGGGUUUACCUGUCAGCCACGGUGAUGGAGUAUCUGCAUCUGGCCCUGAGGCCCAUCUGCAGCCUGCCGCCGCUGCUCACCCGGAGUGAGGUGCGCAGUGUGGCCGUGACACACACCUUCCAGAUCGCCAAGGCCCGCGCCCAGCUUGGCUACGUGCCAGACAAGUUCAGCUUCGCGGACGCAGUGGAGCGAUAUGUGCAGUCAACAGCCGGGCGGACCCGCGGCUCCACCGCGCGGACGCUCCUGCGGCUGCUGCUCGGGCUGUUGCUGUUCCUUGGCCUGCUAGUCCUGGUCCUGCGCUUCCUAGGCCUGCAGCCGUCCGUCCUCUGACCGUCGUCGCCGGCCCAUCCCUGCUCGCGCUUCGCCUUCAGUACUCGGACCAGACCCUGCUCCGCCCUCCGGACUUGGGCGCACCCUGGAGUCCUGGACUUCUCCCUAACACGCCCUCUGGGCUUGGAUCUGCCCGGGGCUCAAAUGGCAACCCACUCUAGUAUUCUUGCCUGGAGAAUUCCAUGGAUAGAGGAGCCCGGUGGGCCACAGUCCAUGGAGUCGCAAGAGUUGGACAUGACUUAGCUACUAAAUCGUCAUCAUCUGGGCCCAGCGUUCUGACCCCGCCCAUUCCCCGCCCCCUGGGUUUAGACACGCCCCUGCCCCGUCUCUUGAGUCGUGACCACGCCCCUGCUCCUCCCUUCGGGUCUGGAGCUCCCUCUGGCCUGGAGAGGAUGCCACCAGAAGGUCCUAGCCUCAGCCUGCUGCGCCUUCCAGGCCUUCUCCCCGUCCCUACCCAGGUCUGACCCGCCCCAGUUUUCUCUCCUGCUGUAGUUCCGCUCUCUUCCUACCUGUAAGCUUGAGCCCGCCCCCUGGUUUCUCCCCAGGGAAUUAGCCUUAGCCGUUUGGGUAGGGGCUUCCCAGGUGGCGCUAGUGGUAAAGAACCCGCCUG